UACGUUCUAGUUUCUUAGCUUAAGCAUAGUUAAAUAGAUGGCACCCCUCCAUACUAAGUUCUCAGAUCCACAUGGAUCUGGGUUGAACUUUGAACUAUUAAAAUACUGGAAAGCAGUCCUAUGGGAGAGAUCAUUCCUACAAGCCAGGAGAAUGUAACUCCUUUGACUAGCAUGACAGUGGCCUGCUUUCAUCUUCAAGUUAUAUUUAAGCCUAAGGUAGGGAGGAUGUGACUAAGGCAAUGCAAGAUGUCCCAUUUCUUAAUGGCAUUUUGUAGGACAGAGAGUGCAGUGCCAGGCUGCAGUUACCUUUGGAAUGAUAAUUCUGCUAAUUGGGAUUUGGAGCUUAUACGUCGCUUGGACAAAGUGCCACCUACUGUCCAUUUGAAGUCAUCGGGAGGCUUUUGACGAGGACCAAAGAGAAAUAAAGAAAGGGGUAAAAGGAAAGGACAAAAUUAACCCCCCGCCUUGGGCCCUUGGAAGAAAGAUGCGAAUAGGCCAUCACGAAGCAAAAAUAAGUAUUUUGACUUGUUAUCUUCUUAAAAGUCUCUCAAGAAGCAAAAGCCACUUACGCAGCUUCCUUACACACGGCCUUUUUUUCUUUUUUCUUUCUUUUUUUAUUUUUUAAAGCGCGCUGUUCUGGAGUUCUCUAGAGGACGAUUUUUAUUUUGUUAUAUUUUAUUUAUAAUGCUCGCUGCUGGCGUAUUUUAAUGUUAGGGGAUCAGGUUAAGGAAAAAACAAUUAUUUUUCUACUCUUUCGACUACCCAAGGCGAAACUUCUAUGUAAAGGAGAGUUUUGACACUUGACAUCAGCUCAGAAACUUUUGAGUUGGAGGGAAGAAAGGGUUAACCAGUGGGAGACCAGUCACCGAUUUUUUAAAGAGUUUCAGUCGGCUUUCGGAGGCUCCAGGUGUACACACACACACACACUCCAUCUCUCCCUUCCCAGGGCCGUUACUUAGCCUAAGGGCACCAUUUGGUCUUAAAGCAAAUUACUUAAACAGAACUGGCAGUGCAUCGCGAAGUGGGAAUCCCUGUAAGUCACAAGAGUCAGGGAUGUCUACGCAGCCUGGCCUCCCUGCUCCUCCGCUGGAGGAAAGGAGGGACUCAGGUGGUGGGUCGCCUGUGUGCACAGCAUUGCUCUGCACACGUUUGCAAUCAAGUUAAUUGAAUUCAUUGGCGUUUAGAACCGGCCUCUAGCUCAGAGAGAGCUUUGAAUGGCCAAUUUCUCUCUCCCUCUCCCCCUCCCCGCCUCCCGCCCGCCCGCCCGCGCUCCCAGUUCCCUCCCCUCCGGUUUCCCAGUCCGCACCUCCCUUCUCCACUCCCCUCACCCCUAUUCCCUCCUCCGCCCUAUUAAAACACCCACCAGCUCACUUGUUAAGACCCCCUUAAGUUGGAGGAGGCAGAAAGGCAACAACCGCGAGGAAGGAGAAGUCAAGACGUCUGGAAAGAAUUACCCAGUCCUGGCUUCCAGCAGCCCAUUGAACCAGGGACUUGAACCAGCCCCAGCCAAAGACAUUCUCCUGAUUCUACGCUUCCUGGGUUCUGCUGACUUUUCACCAGGCUUUUUUUUUUUUUUUCUUUAAUACAAAAAGCGAGCAGAGACUUUCCGAUAUUAGGGGGAAGGAACUAGAGCAUAAAAUAAAAUAAAGUUAAUUUAUUUUCAAAGCACAGAUAACAUUUUCUUUUAAGAGUUAGAAGAUUGAAGUACAACGGAAAUAUUUAAAAAUACUAGUGAUUUUAUUUUAAGUAGGGGAUACCUAAACAUUUGAGACUCCCCUAUCCUUUUUAAAUGUUGUUUUUAAAUUUUUUAUUUUUCUUGGCCGGUCGUCUCAAAUUCAUCUGAUCUCCUAUUACCUCAAUUUUGGAAACUGCCCGCCACCGACCCUUCAGGACCACACAGACAGGCUGAGGACAACUUUAUGACCAAGAGCUGAACAAGAUGCAUUGUGAGAGAUUUCUAUGUAUCCUGAGAAUAAUUGGAACCACACUUUUUGGAGUCUCUCUCCUCCUUGGAAUCACAGCUGCUUAUAUCGUUGGCUACCAAUUUAUCCAAACAGAUAAUUACUAUUUCUCUUUUGGACUGUAUGGUGCCUUUUUAGCAUCACACCUCAUCAUCCAAAGCCUGUUUGCCUUUUUGGAGCACCGGAAAAUGAAAAAAUCUCUAGAAACCCCCAUUAAGUUGAACAAAACUGUUGCUCUUUGCAUUGCUGCAUAUCAAGAAGAUCCAGACUAUUUGCGGAAAUGUUUGCAAUCUGUGAAAAGGCUAACCUACCCCGGAAUUAAAGUUGUCAUGGUCAUAGAUGGAAACUCGGAAGAUGACCUUUACAUGAUGGACAUCUUCAGUGAAGUCAUGGGCAGGGACAAGUCAGCCACUUAUAUCUGGAAGAACAACUACCAUGUGAAGGGUCCUGGAGAGACGGAUGAGUCACACAAAGAAAGCUCACAGCAUGUCACCCAGUUGGUCUUGUCCAACAAGAGUAUUUGCAUCAUGCAAAAAUGGGGUGGAAAAAGAGAAGUCAUGUACACGGCCUUCAGAGCACUGGGGCGAAGUGUGGAUUAUGUACAGGUUUGUGAUUCAGACACCAUGCUUGACCCAGCAUCAUCUGUGGAGAUGGUAAAAGUUUUAGAAGAAGAUCCCAUGGUUGGAGGUGUCGGGGGAGAUGUCCAGAUUUUAAACAAGUAUGAUUCCUGGAUCUCCUUCCUCAGCAGUGUGAGAUACUGGAUGGCUUUUAACAUAGAAAGGGCCUGUCAGUCUUAUUUCGGAUGUGUCCAGUGCAUUAGUGGACCUCUGGGAAUGUACAGAAACUCCUUACUGCAUGAAUUUGUGGAAGACUGGUACAAUCAAGAAUUUAUGGGCAGCCAAUGUAGUUUUGGAGAUGAUAGGCAUCUAACGAACCGAGUGCUGAGUCUGGGCUAUGCAACGAAAUACACAGCUCGAUCCAAGUGCCUUACUGAAACACCUAUAGAAUAUCUCAGAUGGUUAAACCAGCAGACCCGCUGGAGCAAGUCCUACUUCCGAGAGUGGCUGUACAACGCGAUGUGGUUUCAUAAACAUCACUUGUGGAUGACCUAUGAAGCCGUCAUCACUGGGUUCUUUCCUUUCUUUCUCAUUGCCACAGUAAUCCAGCUCUUCUACAGGGGUAAAAUUUGGAACAUCCUCCUCUUCUUGUUAACUGUCCAGUUAGUGGGUCUCAUAAAGUCAUCUUUUGCCAGCUGCCUUAGAGGAAACAUUGUCAUGGUCUUCAUGUCCCUCUACUCAGUGUUAUACAUGUCAAGUUUACUUCCCGCCAAGAUGUUUGCAAUUGCAACAAUAAACAAAGCUGGGUGGGGCACAUCUGGAAGGAAAACCAUUGUUGUUAAUUUCAUAGGACUCAUUCCCGUAUCCGUUUGGUUUACAAUACUCCUGGGUGGUGUGAUUUUCACCAUUUAUAAGGAAUCUAAAAAGCCAUUCUCAGAAUCCAAACAGACAGUUUUAAUUGUUGGAACGUUGCUCUAUGCAUGCUAUUGGGUCAUGCUUUUGACACUGUAUGUGGUUCUCAUCAAUAAAUGUGGCAGGCGGAAGAAAGGACAACAGUACGACAUGGUGCUUGAUGUAUGAUCUUACGUUUGAUGUUUGCAGUUGCAGACACACAAAACCUUAGCUCCUCUAGGGACUGUACGGCAUUGUGGCGUCAGAUAACGCCACCAAAGGAGACAUAUCGCUGCUGCUGGGACUUGAACAGACAUUUGUAUGGGUUUAUUUUAAUUCUGCCAAAGGAAAAUGAUACAUCAAGAAGAACAACUCAGAUUUAACCUGAUGUUUCUAUGAAAAUGGGAAGAUUCUUUGUGUAUGCACUUUUUCCUUACUGUACAUCCGCCUAACAGUGUUUUGCCCUAUAUACCUCACUAGCCAUGCUUUAUGUGGGUUAUCAUGGAAGAAAAGGAUUUUGGAAACUCAAGGAAAAGUUCUUUCAACAUAUACAACCUAACUUAUGGACUGUGUUGUUAGCUAAUUUUUUUUUAGAAUGAUUUUUUCUGUUUAAUUCUACCAAAUGAAAUGCCAAAGGAAAUUUUACAGGCCGUUGGCUGUGCUGUAUUUUUAUAUAAUUGUACUGUGUUUUAAAAUUUUUGUAUGCCAAUUUUAAAACAAAUUUUGCAUAUUUUAUACUUUACUUCUCUGCCAAAAUACACCUGUUUUUCCUCUUUUUUUUUUUUUUAAUAAAAUAGGUUCUUAAAAGAUUCCUACUUAAAAAGAUUUCUACCCAAAAUGUGAAGCUUGGUUGACAUUGUUCAUGAUAGAAAGAAUAAAAUGUUUCUCUCUCUACCUUUA